CUGAGUUGAGUGGUUAUUUCUUAAACAAAAAACGAUUCGAGGAAAUAUUUUUGUUAUUUCUUGUUAAAGAGAAAACGACGUAGCAAAAGUUUUCAUAAUUAUUAUAAAUGUUUAGAAUGUUGUUUACUAAGUCAAUAGUACCUCUUGAUUUUAUCUAGAAAACAAAAUUACACGCACAACUUUUUGAAAAUUGAUAAUUUACGUUGUCUCAAUAAAAAUGCACUUUCAAUGAGAUUUAGAAAACUGAAGAUGUUAUCAACAACAAAGCCACUGGUUUGCAUUACUAUCAGCGGAAUUUUGGUCACAACAUGUCUAUGCUAUUGGCUUUUGUAUUCCGAAGUGCGGCUAGAAACAUUCCAUGACGGUAUGCGUAUGACUUUUGCGCCGCCCAAAGCUGGACGACUUGCUGCAAAUGAUUUAAAUCCAGAUUACGAUUAUGAUGAGAAUCUAGUGGUUCUGUAUAAUCGUGUGCCGAAGACUGGUUCCACCAGCUUCGUUAAUAUUGCCUAUGAUCUAUGCAAGAAGAAUCGCUUUCAUGUCCUGCAUAUCAAUGUCACGGCCAACAUGCAUGCUCUAUCGUUGCCCAAUCAGGUGACAUUUGUGAGGAAUGUUACGAAGUGGCGCGAAAUGAAACCGGCACUAUAUCAUGGCCAUAUGGCCUUUCUUGACUUCUCCAAAUUCCAAAUAGCACAUAAACCAAUUUACAUUAAUAUAGUUCGUAAGCCUUUAGAUAGAUUAGUUUCUUAUUAUUAUUUUCUUCGUUAUGGGGACAACUAUCGACCGAAUUUAGUCCGCAAGAAGGCUGGCAACAAAAUGACAUUUGACAAAUGUGUCGAAUCCAAACAACCUGACUGUGAUCCGAAGAAUAUGUGGCUACAAAUUCCAUUCUUUUGUGGACAUGCAGCCGAGUGCUGGGAACCCGGAAGUGAAUGGGCAUUAAAUCAAGCUAAACAUAAUUUAGUCAAUGAAUAUUUCCUUGUCGGAGUCACAGAACAAAUGGAAGACUUUGUCGAUCUCCUUGAAAGAUCGCUUCCUAGAAUAUUCAAAGGAUUUCGAGAACACUAUCAGCACUCAAACAAAUCACACCUAAGACAAACAUCAUGGAAGAUCGCACCCAGCGAAGAGACUGUUGCAGCAAUAAUGAAUUCGAAAAUUUGGCAAAUGGAAAACGAUUUGUACGAAUUUGCCCUUGCACAAUUCCAAUUCAAUAAAAAGAAACUAACAAUUCCAGACAAAAAUAAUCGUUUACAAAAGUUUAUGUAUGAAAAAAUUCGACCAAAGUAGAAUAAGUCUGAAACAAUGUUUUUGUUACUAAUUUGUAUGUUUUUUUUUUUUGUUAAAGAGAAGAUUUUUAAAAAGUAUCCUUUUUUGUCCGUCCGUGUGUGGUGUAUGGUAAAGAUUGAUUUAUUGUAAAUUUAUUUGUAUUUUAAUUUAAUAUGAUUUUUGUUUAUUUAUGUGUACAUCAUUACAUUACUAAUUAUUUUAUGUAAAUGUAAAUCAAAAGACUUUUUCCUCAUUCCCCAAGACAAAGACAAACAUAACAAACAGACAUUUACAAAAGAAAUAAAAAACAACACAAAAUUUCAAAAUAUCUAUGACAAAAAUCCCGAGUGCUUGACAUAUAUGUAUGUACUUAUAACAUUACCUAUCUUUUAUAAUAAAUAAGUAAAUAAAUUUAUAAAAAUAUAAUAAUUGUAUAUAACAACAAUCUGUAGUGUAGUCAAUAAUAAUAAUAAUAAUUAUUCUCUAUGAAAAUUAAACUAAUAAUUUUUAAGAAAAAGACAUAUUUUUAUUUGUUGCCACAAAUUUAGCUAAUUUUUUUUUUUUUCUAAUUAAAUUUUUAUAUAAAUCUAGUUUAAUAAGUAAUAAUGUUUAUGUAUCUAUCAAAUAAACCAACGAAAUAUUUUUGUA